GUACUUUUCACCAGCUAGACACCUUCAUAAACCAGUGACAUCGUAUUUGGUGCACUUUCGAAGAGGUUUACAUUUAGAUAUCAGCAAUUAUCACUACAAGGACCACAAGAGAUGGGCGUCCCACAUUCUGAGGAAUCUGUCCUAUUGGCCUCAGCUUGUGUUAUAGACGGGAAAUCAGUUGCGAAGGCAAUCCGUGAGGAAGUGAAAUCAGAGAUUGAUGAGGUGGUGUCCAGUGGGCGUCGCCCUCCCCAUCUGUCUGUGGUCCUUGUUGGUGCUGACCCUGCCAGCCAGGUUUAUGUCAACAACAAGAUCAAAGCAACAAAGCACACUGGUAUAACAAGUUCCACCCUCAAGCUGCCAUCCAGUGUGACAGAGGGGGAACUGUUGAGUCACAUUGAUUCUUUGAACAAGUCAACGGAGGUGGAUGGAAUCCUAGUCCAGCUACCAGUUCCACCUCACAUCCAUGAACGUAAGGUCUGCAAUGCUGUGACCCCUAGCAAGGAUGUGGAUGGUUUUGGUGUGGUGAAUAUCGGCCGCUUCUGUGUGGAUCAGACAGCCUACAUCCCAGCAACUCCAGCAGCGGUUCUGGAGAUCAUUCGCAGGACAGGUAUUCCUACAUUUGGAAAGAAUGCUGUAGUUGUUGGCCGAUCAAAAAAUGUUGGCCUUCCCAUUGCCAUCCUUCUCCAUGCUGAUGGCCGCAAUGACACCAAUGCUGGUGAUGCCACAACGACAAUCUGCCAUCGUUUCACACCCCCAGACCAGCUGAAGGUGUUCACUUCCACUGCAGACUUUGUCAUAGCUGCUGCUGGAGUGCCUCAACUCAUCACUGCCGACAUGAUCAAACCGGGGGCCACAGUCAUCGAUGUGGGCAUUAACAGGAUCAAAGAUGAAGAAACUGGUAAAACCAAGCUGGUUGGAGAUGUAGAUUUCCAAGGUGUGAAGGAGAAGGCCGGUUAUAUCACCCCAGUCCCUGGAGGGGUGGGGCCAGUCACGGUGGCCAUGCUGAUGAAGAACACGCUGCUGGCAUACAAGAAGGACAUUGACUUUGAGAUGACGUAAUCUGUGGACUAAAGUCCCAACAUGUUUUGAACAAACGAUGUCAUUUAAUCAAAGGAACAAAAAUGAUGUGAUGUUAGUGUCUGAGAAUUCUCUUGUUUUAUCCAAGAGUUUGACAAAAUGAUUGAAAAUCAUCAAAUGACCAUAGUUAGUGUUAAGAGUUCUUAGACUUGUUAUCUGGGAUUGAUACAAAUUGGUCAAGUCCCAGAGAAUUCUCUACUAGGAAAUGGACCAUUGUAACAAACUGUCUCUGUAAGAUUUUAUAUUUAUAUUGCAAGAGGCAAUCCAUCAUGACAAGGAGGUUUAUGCUUGAGUGUUUUUAUCUAGCUUUGUAAUUGUCCAAAUACUCAAAACGUAGUAGAUACUUGUUUCCAUUAACUCUGGAACUAGAUAUAUCAGUGUUUUGUUUCAAUUAGUUGAUUUCAUAUGCAGCAUCCUGACUGUAUAUUCAUAGACUGUUUGACUUUCUGGUACACACAUUAACAGAUGUGUAUCUCUCAUUAAUAAUGCAGUGAAACUGGCACUUGUCCUUUCCCCACGAAAUAUCUGGAUGAUAGAAAAUAAGUAUUGAGUUUGUAACUUAGCUUUUUGUCUUGAUUUUGUGAAAAUCAAUGUCUGUUUGAGUGUUUAUGUUUUGAGGGUGAAAUAGGAAGCAAAA